CAAAAUCCCGAACUCCUCUCAAUUCCUCUAAAAUUUUUUAACAUCCAACAAAAUUCAAACUCCCUCCUCUCUCUCUCUCUCUCUCUCUCUCUCUCUCUCUCUCUCUCCCUCCUCCAGUGAGAUCUCGUAGGGAUUUGCUCGUUUGUUGAGGAUUGAUGACCUAAUCCCAGGUACUUCUCCUACUCUAAGCUUGAUUUUGAGUCCAGGAUUCGGAGGUCCGUUAAUUUUUGAGUUAAUCCCUAAGCGUGUCCUGGAGAAACUCCCCAAUUUGAUGACCCAUUUCGAAAAAUUGGAUCUUUUGGGAUAAUUUCUGUCUGAUACAGAAGAAGAUCCCCAAAUUCGAUACCAGCAGGCAAUUCCUCCUAACACACAUCAAAAGUUCCUGUUUUGGGAGGAAACCCUAGAGUUUCCGCGGGUCUCAAAUUUCCUCUAAACCCUAAAAAUUUCCACAGCUGAAAAACCCUAAUGAGAGAGCUCAGGGUCGAGUCCUUCUAUGCUCGCCUUCGUGAAUCAGCCUCAGCUUCAUCGUCGACCCCUUUGUUAAUUUUCCCCUCAGCCUCUGACGCUGACUCUCUCUCUACACUCAAAAUCAUCACCCAUGUUCUCUGCUCCGAUUCCAUUCGCUACUCAGUGUACCCUAUCUCGUCUUUUGAUGAGAUCCUCAAAUUCCCCAAUCUCAACCUUCAAUCCCCCGACACUCCUCUCUCAGUCCUUCUCAUCAACUGGGGAUGCCAUCGAGACCUUCGAAGAAUCUUAAAACCUGGUAUAGAUUCUCGGGUUUUCGUCAUUGAUAGCCAUCGUCCUAUCCACCUUCACAAUUUGAGCAGUGAGAAUGAGCAGGUCAUCGUACUUUAUACCUCAGAGGAUGAACAACAAGCAGAUUUAGCUUAUGACUUUGAUGUCUCUGCGUUGGCUAGUGUAUCCGAUUUGAAUAGCGAUGAUGAGUUUGCAGAGAACAGUGACAGCGAUAGUGACGACGACAGCGACAGCGACAAUGAGGAGCGUAGAAAGAAAAGGAGGCUGUCGGAGGAGAAUGAAUCGGACCCAGUUAGACUUUUUGGAAAGUUGAAGAAGGAAUAUUACAGGUUGGGUACUUUUCAUGGGAAGCCUUCUGGUUGCUUGAUGUUUGAGCUGGCUCAUUCUCUGCGGAAGAACACAAAUGAGUUGCUUUGGAUGGCUUGCAUUUCUUUGACUGAUCAGUUUGUGCAUGAGAGGUUGACCAACGAAAGGUACCUGGCUGGGGUUAUGGAGCUCGAGCAACAUAUAAAUAGUUCAGGCAAUCUCGAUACAAUCUCCUCAGUUACUCUUAAAGAUGGAACAAAGGUGCAGGCACCAGAGAACUCAAGAAUAGCUUAUGAAGACGAGCCACGCCUUAUGCUCUUGAGAGAGUGGAAUUUAUUCGAUUCGAUGCUUUGCUCAUCUUAUAUCGCGACCAAGUUGAAGACUUGGAGUGACAACGGCAUGAAAAAAUUGAAGCUUUUGCUGGCCAGGAUGGGGUUUCCUCUUGUAGACUGUCAGAAGAAGUUUCAAUAUAUGAGUAUGGAAGUGAAGCAGAAAAUGAAAGAUGAGUUUGAGCGUUUUUUGCCGGAAUAUGGGCUAACUGAGUUCUACUAUAGGAGUUUCUUGAGAAUUCAUGGGUAUUGCACGAAACUAUCGGCUGCUGAUGUAGUCUAUGGGGUUACAGCUCUGCUUGAAUCUCUUGCAGAGAAUAAAAAAGAAACUUCUACUGCUGAGCAGUUUUGGGUAGCUUAUUCUGCAUUAUCAUUGAACAAUCUUGAUCAACUUCGGAAAGGAAUGCAGAGUGCUAUUGAGAUACAAAGAGCUAUUCUUAGGCAAGGGAGCUCCGCGAUUACUAAAAGUGGGUUUAUCCGAAGUGGGAGAAAAUUUCGGUGGAUAAAGCUUGAAGACCCUGUGGACACAGAGAGGUUGAGAUAUCCUCAGGCUCUUACAAAGUUCUGCUACUUCUUGAUGGAUGCCUUGAAGGAAAGGGGAGCAAAGAUGAAGCCUUUGAUCUGUGCUUGCUUGGGAAAAGAACAUGGCAAAGUUCUAGUUGUUGGAGUUUGUGGGAAGCCACGACUUGGAGCUAUUCAAGGUAAUUCUUUUGGCAUUGCUUUUAGAACUGCUGCUGAAGAAAUUGGUGCUGAGUUUUUUCAUGAGCUUUUUGAAUCUUCUUGGAUAGUUUUGGAUACUGUUGCUGUGAGUUCUUUCAUGAUUAGAUUAACUGAAAAGCUUUGACGUAUUUCAAGUGUAAUUCUUCACCAGCUUACUGAUGUUGAAAAAGUAUCCUGAAUCCAAUUGUAUUUGUUCGGGACUCCGAAUUAUUCUUACUUGGUGCAUCUGUCCAAGUAUUAGCUACGUUACCUUCAUGUUUUAAAUACUCAAAUGUUGAUUCCUAGUGUAUUUGUUCCAAAUGUAACUUUUCAGUUAAAUGAGUUCUUGAUUCUAUGAUCUUUUAA